AUGUACGGCGCAAAACUACUCUCCGCCCGGCGCGAUCUCUGCUUGGCGGCGAUUGUGGCCUGCUGCCUGCUGGCCCUGUACCUCUACCACAACCAGCUAUCGGAGCGGCUGGCCACGCUGGAAGAAUUCCGAGCCGGACACGAGAACCAGGAGCGCACUCGGAAGCUCUACGAUGAGCCUUUUGCGAUCCCGGAAUAUGAAGCGGUCCCGUACGAUCGGCUCUACACGCCAGCGCCGCAGGACGAUCGGAGUGCCCGGCUACCCGGUGACAUGGGCGAACCGGUGACCCUACCGAAAAACGUUUCGGAAGAGGUCGAGCGGCUCGUCAAACAAGGCUACACGGAGCAGGGACUGAACCAGUACGUCAGUGAUCUGAUCCCCGUGCGCCGCCGGUUGCCGGACCUUCGGGAUCCGUGGUGCACGGAGGCCGAUCGAUUGCGUCCGGCACUGCCGAAGGUGUCGGUCGUGAUCGUGUUCUACAACGAGGCCUGGUCAGUGUUGGUCCGGACCGUACACUCCGUGCUCGAUCGAACACCGAGCGCCCUGCUCGGUGAGAUCAUUCUGGUGGAUGACUUUUCCAGCUUGCCGCAUCUCAGGACGCAGCUGGACGAGUAUUUCAGUGGCUACCGGCAGGUGCGGAUUCUGCGAGUUCCGCAGCGUCUCGGGUUGAUUCGUGCGCGUAUGCACGGGGCCCGCAGUGCGUCGUCUGAUUUUCUCACCUUUCUCGAUGCGCACUGCGAGUGUAUGGUGGGGUGGCUCGAGGGUCAGCUGGAUCAGGUGGUGCGUGAUCCGCGGACGAUCGCGCUGCCCACCAUCGACUGGAUCGACGAGCACAACCUGCGGUUGGUGAGUGACAAGGCACCCGUGUUCUACGGUGCCAUGGGCUGGGGACUGGACUUUCGGUGGCGUGGCCGCUGGGACCGACUGCACAAGCCGGACAACAAGCUGGAACCGUUCGCGACGCCCGUCAUGGCCGGCGGUCUGUUCACGAUCCACCGGAAGUUUUUCGAACGGCUCGGUUGGUACGACGACGGGCUGGACGUGUACGGGGGCGAGAACAUUGAGCUGUCGGUGAAGGCGUGGAUGUGCGGCGGUCGCCUGGUGACCGUUCCGUGUGCCCGUGUCGCUCACAUCCAAAAGACUGGCCAUCCUUAUCUGAGGGGUGUGAAAAAAGACGUCGUCCGUGUGAACUCGGUGCGCGUGGCCGAAGUGUGGCUCGACGCGUACGCCCAGGUGCUGUACGAUCUGUUCGGUGGGCCACAGUUCCGCGGCAGCUACGGUGACAUCUCGGAGCGUAAGGAGCUACGGGAAGCGCUCCACUGCAAAGACUUUCGCUGGUACCUGGAUACCGUAUUUCCUGAACUGGGCGAAGAUCUCACCAAGUACCGGCCGGGACACGGGGCGCUCAAGAAUGAGGCGCUACAGAACGCGGCGGAGCCGCACUGUCUCUCGUACCAGGUGCCACAGCCCCUGAUGAACGUGUGUCGCGAUGGGGACUCCAAGCAGCACUGGGUGGUUAAUGUGUACGGGGAGAUUAGCAACCAGAACCGGUGUCUGGACUACGAUGGAAAUACGCUCACGCUGUACGGUUGCCACAAGGGGCGCGGGAACCAGGAGUGGCAGUACAAUGGCACCACGUACCAGUUUGAGCACGUCAAGCAUAAGGCCAAGUGUUUGGCGAUCGACCGGGGUACCAAGAAGCUGCGCAUGGAGCCGUGCGAUGCUGGCCAGGAAUCUCACCGAUGGCACUACCCGCCGUUAGACUUUAGUGGGUAA